UCAAAGUUUUGGUACAAUAAUCAAAUUGAUUUUUAUUCGGAAAAUAUUUUAGUACAGUGAACGGAAAUUGGGUGUCUCAAUAAUCACGCUAAUCCCGUCCCCCAUUCCUUUCCGUUUCUUCUCGUUCUUUCUCGAUCCCCAUUUCUUUCUCUUCUCUCUCAUUCUCAGAUGCUCUCUUCUUUUCGAUUGUUUGCGUCUCCCUCUUCGCCUUCGAACCUUAACCCUCUCCUUUGGGUUGUUUGUCAUCAUCGUCAUUCGAAGCCUUUUCUACUACUUCAUUCAUGUUCUUUUAGUUUUUCUCUUUAAUUCAUUUCACCUCCAUAAGUUCUGAAAUUUUCCAUUUAUAGGCCUUUUUGUAAUCCCUGUGUAUUUAGCAUGGGUUCUUAUAGAAAGGGAAAGGUUGCUCUUGAUUGUUUUCGGACCUUGGCUUCAAAGGUUCUUCCCCAAAAUAAAAAUUUCCAACGUGGUUCGAGGAUAUUCCAAUCUAGGUAUUUGGAUUCGGGUUCCAAGGUGUCGAAUGCCAAUGGGUUCAAGUCUUCUUCUUCAAUUCCUACUAGGGUAGUCACAUGGGGUGGUGGAUUUAAUAGGAACUUGCACAACCGGUUUAAUGUUGGGGGUAGGAGGUUCUAUUAUGUGGAUCCCUACAAUGUGCAUCAUUUCAGGCCUAGAGGGCCAAGGAAGUGGUUUGAGAAUCCUAGACAUGUAUUCAUUGUUGUGGUGGUUGGGUCAGGGAUAUUGAUAACUAUGUAUUUUGGGAAAUUAGAAACAAUUCCAUAUACCAAGAGAACCCACUGGAUUUUGUUAUCUAAAGCCAUGGAGAGGCAACUUGGGGAGGCUGAAUUCGAGAAACUGAAGGAGAGUUUCAAGGGAAAGAUCUUGCCUCCUAUACACCCUCAGAGUGUGAGGAUAAGGAUGAUAUCAAAGGAAAUCAUUGAUGCCUUGCAGAGAGGGUUAAGCAAGGAACAAAUUUGGAGUGAUGUUGGUUAUGCAUCAGCACAUGUCACAGGGUUUGAAGGGCAUACUGAGGAGACUUUGAAAUCGUUGACUGAUGCUAGUGCUGAUGGCAAGGCAGAAAGUGGUUGGCCCAAAGAAGAUGAAAUCCUUGAUGACAGUUGGGUUCAGCAAAGUAGAAAGAAAGGCCACGAGAAAGGGCCAGCUACCUCGCAUCUCGAUGGAUUGAAUUGGGAGGUGCUUGUUGUCAAUGAGCCGGUUGUCAAUGCCUUUUGCCUACCUGGUGGUAAGAUUGUUGUAUUCACCGGAUUGUUAGAACAUUUUAAAAGUGAUGCUGAGAUUGCCACUAUAAUUGGACAUGAGGUUGGCCAUGCUGUGGCCCGACACAGCGCUGAAGGUAUAACGAAGAACUUGUGGUUUGCUAUCCUGCAGUUGAUUCUUUAUCAAUUUGUCACCCCUGAUAUCGUCAACACAAUGUCUUCUCUCUUCUUGAGGCUACCAUUCUCUCGACGGAUGGAAAUGGAAGCCGAUUACAUUGGCUUGCUCUUAAUUGCUUCCGCCGGAUAUGAUCCACGGGUAGCACCCACAGUGUAUGAGAAGCUGGGAAAAGUCACCGGUGGUGACUCGGCACUCAGGGACUAUCUCUCUACUCAUCCAUCUGGAAGAAAGAGAGCAGAGUUGCUCUCCCAGGCCAAAAUAAUGGAAGAAGCAUUCACCAUAUACAAGAAUGCUAGGUCUGGAAGAAGUAUUGAAGGAUUUCUUUAGACUAGCGUCACUUAUAUUUGCACACCAGAAUCAACAAAGAACGUGUAGAUGAAACUUGAAGGAAUUCUGUUUUAGCCAAAAGAAAAGCUAGGCAAUUUUCUGUAUGCUGAAUUUUUUCAACAAUUUAGUUUCACAGAUAGAUGUUUGUUAUGUGAAGUGUUAAUUGUACAGUGUUUCAAAGAAAAUUAUUGAUUAGAUCAUCUGUUGUAACAUCUCAAAAGUAUUUCUAAGGUAAAAGUGACUAUUUUUUCAUGUGUUCAGUACAUGUUAUUGCAACAACCAAAUCAAGUGUAUGAUGCUCAUAUAAAAGGUUAAAAAAGUAUUGUUGAAUGUA